AUGAGAUUGACCUCAGGCAGUGACUGUUGUGAAUACACCAAAUGCUUUCCUGAAGAAGAUGGAUUUAAUCAGUUGCAUGAGAAGGCUACUGAAAUGCCCUUGUAUCAAGAUAACCUAGGGAGAGUCCCCUAUGGCUUGAGUUUAGACCUCACAAGACAUCGAAAAAAUAAACAUAUAGAGAUGCUUUCUGUGAGGAAUAAAUGUGGGAGAACUUUCAGUCAGAACUCUGAGUUUGGUUCAUAUGAAAUAAUCCACUCUGUAGAGAGACCUUAUCAAUGUAAAGAAUGUGGAAAGGCUUUUACACAGAGGAGUGAUCUUGUUAGACAUCAGAGAAUCCACACUGGAGAGAAACCUUAUGAAUGUACACAAUGUGGAAAGGCUUUCACAGAGAGGAGUCAUCUUGUUAAACAUCAGAGAAUUCACACUGGAGAGAAACCUUAUGAAUGUACACAGUGUGGAAAGACUUUCACAAGGAGGGGUUCUCUUGCUGCACAUAAGAGAAUCCACUCUGGAGAGAAACCUUAUGAAUGUACACAGUGUGGAAAGCCUUUCACACAGAGGGGUUCUCUUGCUGCACACCAGAGAAUCCACACAGGAGAGAAACCUUAUGAAUGUACACAGUGUGGAAGGGCUUUCACACAGAGUAGCUCACUUGCUAAGCAUCAGAGAAUCCAUACUGGAGAGAAACCUUAUGAAUGUACACAGUGUGGAAAGGCUUUCACAGAGAGUAGCCCUCUUGCUAAGCAUCAGCGAAUCCACACUGGAGAGAAACCUUAUGAAUGUACACAGUGUGGAAAGGCUUUCACACAGAGGGACCAUCUUGCUAAGCAUCAGAGAAUCCACUCUGGAGAGAAACCAUAUGAAUGUACACAGUGUGGAAAGGCUUUCAUCUUGAAGAGUCAUCUUGCUUUACAUCAGAGGAUCCACACUGGAGAGAAACCUUAUGAAUGCACAGAGUGCAGAAAGGCUUUCAUAAUGAGAAGUCAUCUUGCUGCACAUCAGAGGAUCCACACAGGAGAGAAACCUUAUGAAUGUACACACUGUGGAAAGGCUUUCACACGGAGGGACCAUCUUGCUACACAUCAGAGAAUCCACUCUGGAGAGAAACCUUAUGAAUGUACCCAGUGUGGAAAGGCUUUCACACAAAGUUCUGGGCUUGCUGCACAUCAGAGAAUUCACACUGGAGAGAAACCUUAUAAAUGUAUACAGUGUGGAAAGGCUUUCACACAGUGGGGUAAUCUUGAUAAACAUCAACGAAUCCACUCUGGAGAGAAACCUUAUGAAUGUACGCAGUGUGGUAAGCCUUUUACAUGGAGGAGCGAUCUUGCUGCACAUCAGAGAAUCCACACUGGAGAAAAACCUUAUGAAUGCACAAAGUGUGGAAAGCCUUUUAAAUGGAGGGGCCAUCUUGCUGCACAUCAGAGAAUCCACACUGGAGAGAAACCUUAUGAAUGUAAACAGUGUGGAAAGCUUUUCACACAGAGAGGCAAUCUUGCUGCACAUCAAUGGAUCCACACUGGAGAGAAACCUUAUGAAUGUACACAGUGUGGAAAGGCUUUCAUACACAGGACGAGUCUUGCUGCACAUCAGAGGAUCCACUCUGGAGAGAAACCUUAUGAAUGUACACAGUGUGGAAAGACUUUCACAGUGAGGAGUAGUCUUGUUAAACAUCAGAGAAUCCACACUGGAGAGAAACCUUAUGAAUGUACACAAUGUGGAAAGGCUUUUACAGGGAGUAGCUCUCUUGUUGCACAUCAGAGAAUCCACACUGGGAAGAAACCUUAUGAAUGUACACAAUGUGGAAAGUCUUUCACACAGAGUAGCUCUCUUGCUGCACAUCAGAGAAUCCACACUGGAGAGAAACCUUAUGAAUGUACACAGUGUGGAAAGGCUUUCAAACAGAGUAGCUCUCUUGCUGCACACCAGAGAAACCACACUGGAGAGAAAUCUUAA